GCUGGCAAAAUGAGCGGCGGGCAACGUAUGGCGCCGCAGUGGCUGGAACGCUGGAAGGGCACAACACUAUGCCUUGUCACGCUUUGUGCUUUGCUGAUGAUAAAUGGCUGCAGUGCAGCAGACACGGACAUAACGCUCGAUGCGAAGGCAGCCUAUAAUCAUCGUAUGCAGAGUCUGGACCUGCUCAUAUUCGUUGGCUUGCUCUCGUUAACGGUGCUAACCAUUUGGCUGUUCAAACAUCAUCGCGUCUCUUGGCUGCAUGAGACCGGAUUGGCCGUUAUUUAUGGGCUAAUUGUGGGUGCCAUUCUACGUUAUGCGGGCACCAAUAAGCCGCUCGUUCACAUGCAGGUGAUGCCUCAGGGAGUGCCAACGUACAGCAACAAAUUGCCGCCGGACACACUUUGGUUCCAGUAUCCUGUUGUUGGCAAUCAGACGAACAGCACAAAGCUGCCUGAGGGAGUUAAGACAUAUGCGUAUGUGUUUCGCAGCCAGGUCUAUGACAUUGAGGAGAAUGAGAUCGAUUUGAAGGCAACAUUCGAUCCGGAGGUGUUUUUCAACAUUAUUUUGCCGCCCAUCAUCUUUUAUGCUGGCUACAGCUUAAAGAAGAAAUAUUUCUUUCGAAAUUUGGGUGCCAUUCUGACAUUUGCCAUUGUGGGCACGACGUUAUCGGCGUUCCUAAUCGGUGGUUUGAUGUACGGUUGCGUGAAACUGAUGCCAAAAUACUUGAGCAGCAGUUUCACAUUCCUGGACACACUGUAUUUUGGUGCGUUGAUAUCGCCCACAGAUCCGCUCACCAUACUCGCCAUCUUCAAUGAUCUGCAUGUCGAUGUCAAUCUCUAUGCGCUUGUGUUGGGCGAAUCUGUGCUGAACGAUGCCGUUGCCAUUGUGCUAAGCGGUGCCAUACAGAACUACGGCGAGCAUUAUUCUAACUCAGGAGAGUUUGAAACUUCGGCGUUUCUGCGUUCGCUCAGCGACUUUUUCUCCAUAUUCUUCUUGUCAACUCUGAUUGGCGCUGUUAUGGGCUGCUUUACGGCAUUGUUGACCAAGUUUACCCGCGUCCGCGACUUUCCCUUGCUGGAGUCUGCGCUCUUUGUGCUGUUGAGUUAUAGCACCUUUCUGCUGGCCGAAGCCACAGAGCUGACUGGCGUCGUAGCUGUGCUGUUUUGUGGCAUUUGUCAGGCUCAUUAUACGUACAACAAUUUGUCGGAGUGCUCGCGACAGCGCACCAAGCAGAUCUUUGAGCUGCUCAACUUUUUGGCCGAGAAUUUUAUAUUCUCGUACAUUGGCGUCUCCAUGUUCACCUUUCCCAAGCAUCACUUUGAUGCGGGCUUCAUCAUCACGGCAUUCAUUUGCGCUGCUUUGGGACGUGCGGUCAAUGUGUAUCCUUUGUCCUGGCUCCUAAACAUCAAGCGCAAGCCAAAAAUCUCAUCCAAUUUCCAGCACAUGCUAUUCUUCGCUGGAUUACGUGGUGCUAUGUCCUUUGCCUUGGCCAUCAGGAAUACGGUGUCGGAUGCCCGUCAGACAAUGUUAACGGCCACCUCGUUGAUUGUCAUCUUUACGGUCAUCAUUCAGGGUGGCGCAGCGAACUUUUUGCUUAACUGGUUGAAAAUACCCGUUGGCGUCGAUGAUGAGACUGAGCAAUUAAAUAAUUAUCAGGUGCAUAGUGUUUACAAUUCCAUGGACAAUUCACAUUCGGCGCCGUCUGAUGGCUAUUUGCAGGACGUGGAGGGCGGAGGUCGGGGCAAGACACGGCUUCCCAGUGGCGCCGAUUCUAAUCUGGAUACGCCCAUGGACGGGACUGCAACGAUGGCUGUAAAUGGCGGCACUGGACGUCGACGCAAUAGCCACGAAAAGGCAAUCCUGGCCCGCAUUUGGGGCAAUUUUGAUACCAAAUAUAUGAAGCCCUUGUUAACACACUCGAGGCCAACGCUACUGGAGACAUUGCCAGUUUGCUGCAAUCCUAUUGCUAGGCUACUCACAACCACGCAACAGCUGACCCAGGAUGGCAGCGAGUUUCGUAGAGUUGAUUCCGACUCGGACAUUUGCAUUGAUAACGACACUGGCAAUGGUCUGAGCCAGGAUGGAUCCCUCGGCGCUGUAGGCGUUGGAGGCGGCAGCGGGCGUCGCAACUCGAUAAAUCGCUCGAAUAUUUUAAAUGAAACCAAUCACAUUGCAAAUGAACUCAGCCUGGUUACUAAUAAUUUCAUGUAAUCAUUUGGAAACGAAAAAAAACAAAACGAAUGGAAAAAAGCUUGAAUCGAAUUUAACACUUAACAAAUUAAACUAAACAUUGACAUAUUCCAAUUUAUUAUAUUAUUGUUUGCAACAUUUUCGUAUCAUUAUUAAAAAAAAACUAUCGCAAAGAAAAUAUUAAGACUUGUUAACGCACAGAAGUCGAGCUCAGUAGAGAUUUUAUGCGCUCCCGUGAUAAUAUUGAUCGGUAUAUAGUCCAAUUCGGUCAGUCCGAACGCUGAAGUAUAUAUAUCUAAACUGUAGUAUUUAUAUCUGGUGAAUGGCUUGAGAAUAUGCUAGUAGGCUUUUUAUGGCACAAGAGCAAGCACAGUACAUUUUAUGUAAUUAUUAUUUAUUGUUUUU